AUGUUGCUGAUCGUCCGCACCGACCAGGUUGUAGCAGAUACAGCAGAGCCCACGACACAGUCUCUUCAAGGGAUGCAAACGAUGGCAACCAGUGACGACGCUGCUCCGUUGCAACACCGAAAGACUACACAAGAGCUUACUGAAGAAUUCAAAAACUUGAAUUGGGCAAAGGUUGACGAAUAUAACUCUUUUAAAGCGAAGUUAGUAGAACAGGCGUGCGCAGAAGAGCGCAUAAGGAGAAAAAACUGGCUGAGGAGCGAACUUGAGGCUCAACUUGAGGAGCAGCGGGAACAAGAACGCGCAAAGCAAAAGGCUGCAUAUGAAAAGAUGCAGCUUCAAAAAGAAGUCCUUGAUGCGCAGAUGCUGGAAAGGCAUAAACUUGAGGAAGAAUCCAAAGCCGAGCAGUUGCGGGAAAGCCGUGAAAUCCUUGAACAGGUGUCAAAGGACAUUGAAAUCGAGAGACGGAUGGCCUUGAGAGCAAAGCAGCAAAAGGCUCGUGCCAUGCAGGAAAUCUUGGAGGUGACAGCUGCGGAACGCCGACUAGCUGAAGCACGCGCGAAGAAGGAACAAGAGGAAGAUAUGCGUCUUCUGAAGCUGAACGUUCAGUUAGAGAAGGAGGCAGCCGAGCGUUCCAAGCAAGAGCGCCAGAUGCUACUCAGUUUGCAUCAAAGCCGUGCGGACAAAAUUGCCAUGCUUGCAACGGUUGACAAGGCAAGGCAAACUCUUUAUAGCAGGGCUUUUCACGUGAAUGAACGACAUGCAGUUGUUGUAAAAGAGUUGGCCACGCAGUAUGCACUGAAGCGGGAUGCUGCAGACCAAGCUCGAAAGGAAGCCAUGGAAAAGGAAGCUGCGGCCCGCAAGAAGGCGGAACAACUGAAGGUUCAUGAGUUUUUGAAGUUUCAACAAGAAGAAAAACAGCGGCAGAAGAGGAUGGAAAAGCAGGAGCGCUACGAAAUACAGAAACAACAGGAGCUCGAUGCAGAAGUGCGCGGUGUUUGCGCAACCACAGCGCAGCAAAACGCUUACCGAAGUUUCUUGCGCACUCAUUGUGGGACUAGCUGUGCGAACUUCAAUUACAUGCGCUUGACACUGCGUCGGGCUUACUUUCAGGAGUACAAACGGAAGCAGGAGGUGGAGCUUCGCAACAGAAGAGAACUUUGCAAGCGUCAGCAGGAUCUCCUGAUCCAGCAGAUGGAGGAGCGAAAGCACAACAAGGAUAUUUUGGUGUGCAGGAGACCAGUCGCGCGCAUGAUUACCACUGCAAAUGCAAAUGCUCUAGUUAGCCAGACGGAGAUGAAGCUAAAUCGGCGCCUUCUUGAGGAAGUCAACACCUAUCUGGCCAGCAAAGCACAGCCCCUCCAAGAUCAACCAAAUGCUAGCAUUUAA